UCAUUGUUUGGUCCAAGUCGCUGUUGCCAUGGAAAUGUUUACAGUACCAUGUACCCGUGAACGGCGAGAGCGAGCAACUACAAUAGAAGUCUAUGAUAGUUUCAAAAUGUUUUUUUUAGCGCCGAAUCCAUUAUCACUGACCACCACCACGAUAAAAGACAAUGAACCGCGGCACGAAACGACCAAAGGGGGGAGCCGAGAAAAAGAGAGAGAAAACAAAGAUAGCACGUUUCACAACGCCAGUAUACAAACGAGAAAUCAUCAAGAAAAUGUUUAGAUCCAUUUUUGGACUAAAAUUCUUUGCAAGACCUCGGUCUUCAGGAGAUAUGGACUCUUCUUCGAAGAAGUCCAAACGAAGGAGUGAGAGACCUUCGUCUCCUGAAGACCUCAACCCUCCCACCAUCUUGAGGGAGCACGGACGAAGGGGUGAGAGACCUUCGUCUAGUGGAGGCACCAACCCUUCUACCAUCAUGAAGGAGCACAGGAAAAGUGGUGAGGGCCCUUUGUCUUGUGCAGAAAACCAGCCCUCUAUCACCAGGCAGCAAGAACGAAGGGAUGUGAGCUCUUUGUUCAUCGUGGGUACUAACCCUUCUACCAUCAUGAAGGAGCACAGGCAAAAGGGUGAGAGCCCUUUGUCUUGUGCAGAAAACAAGUCCUCUACCACCAGGCAGCAAAUACGAAGGGGUGAGAGCCCUUCCUCUUCAUCCUCUGAAGACAAGCAGCCUUCUACUCCAAGGCGGCAGCAGGCAUGGAGAGGUGAGAGCCCUUCGUCUUCCUCUUCUGAAGACGAUCAACCUCCUACCACCAGGCAGCGAGUACGAAGGUUUGAGAGCCCUUCCUCUUCAUCCUCUGAAGACAAGCAGCCUUCUACUCCAAGACGGCAGCAAGCAUGGAGAGGUGAGAGCCCUCCGUCUUCAUCUUCUGAAGACGACCAGCCUUCUUCCACCAGGCAGCAAGAACGAAAGGAUGUGAGCUCUUUGUUCCUCGUGGGCGCUAACCCUUCUACCAUCAUGAAGGAGAGCAGACAAAGGGGCGAGAGCUCUUUGUCUUGUGCAGAAAACAAGCCCUCUACCACCAGGCAGCAAGGAAAAAGGGCUGAGAGCACUUCGUCUUCCUCUUCUGAAAACGACGAGCCUUCUACCACAAAGAGGCAGCAACAACAAAGUCCUUUGUCCUUCGUAGACAUCAACCUUUCUACCACCUUUAGGCAGGAUGGAGGAAUUGGUGAGAACCAUUUGCCCUGCAUUGACAUUGACCAGCCUACCAUCUGGUGGGAGCACGUACGAAGGGGUGAGAGACCUUUGUCUCGUGGAGAUUUCAACCCUUCAAACACCUUGAGGCAGGACGGACGAAGUGGUGACAGCCCUUCCUCUACAUCUUCAUCUUCUGAAGACGACGAGCCUUCGACCACAAGGAGGCAGCAAGAAAGAAGGGCUAAUAGCCCUUUAUCUAUCAAUCUGAGUGUGAGAAAGGAGAGGGAGAUCAUUGAAAGAGAAAAGCAGCGUUUGGAGGAGGAGGGUUUAAAAAGAGAAAGAGAGAGAUGUGAAAAGAUGAAGAGAAAGAACCAGGAGAAGGAGAGGAAAACGUUUGGUCUGCUUUCAAGAAUAAACAUUUGGUGGCUCAAUUGCAAGAUAGACCGCAUUGCCAGGAAAAUCCAUUCAACCCAUGUGGAUGAGCGCUACCUCCUGCGUCAUGGUCCCCUCAGAAAUCCAAAGAAAAUGGCAGAAAAAGAACGGCUGCUUGACCGAAGGAGGGAGCUGAUCUUGUACAAACACAGACAAGAAUUUAAGUUGGAGAGGGAAGUGAGGAAGCAAAGACUGAAGGUAGAGAGAAAGGAAAUAGAUGUGAAGAAGAUGGAGAAUAUCUCUGAGUUAUGCUGCAACUCAGAUAGCCCAGAUAUGUUAAAUCUUCGCUACGGGCCAAUGCCAGUCAGGUCACCCAAACUCAGACUUGUUAACAUAUAUCAUUUAAGAGAAUAUGAGAGCAAUCAAAAAAAUGGCAUCAAACAGAGAGAGGUAAUUGAGGGAGACAGCAAACAUUUCAGAUUUGACAAAACUGAAGUAAAGAGGCGGCAGGCCUGGGUUUGACUCUCACCUGCAGCCCUUUGCUGCAUGUCAUUCCCCCUCUCUCUCCCCUUUCAUGUCUUCAGCUGUCCUGUAGAAAUAAAGGCUGAAAAUGCCCUAAAAAUAAUCUU